AUGGCAAGCAGAUUCGAGAAAUUUACAGAGAGAGCGCGCAGGGUGUUGUCGCUGGCGCAGGAAGAAGCACAGCGCUUCAACCACAACUACAUCGGGACUGAACAUAUUCUGCUCGGUCUCGUGCGAGAGACGGAUGGCGUAGCCGCACGUGUGCUCUCAAACCUCGGUGUCGAGUUGCAUAAGGUGCGCUCCGCAGUCGAGUUCAUUAUCGGGCGUGGUGAGCGUUCCACGCCGGGUGAGAUUGGACUGACUCCACGCGCCAAAAAGGUCAUCGAACUGGCAGUAGAUGAGGCGCGCCGACUCAACCAUCACUACAUUGGGACAGAGCAUCUUCUGAUCGGUCUGAUGCGCGAAGGCGAAGGUGUAGCCGCCGGCGUCCUCGAAAGUUUGGGCAUCAACCUCGACAAGAUUCGAGGCGAGACCAGCCGGCUGCUGUCGCAAUCGUCACAAAGCCCUCAGGGCAGCGGCAGGCGCGGCAGGAGCAAGAGCCAGACGCCGAUGCUGGACGAGUUGGGCGUGGAUCUCACCAAGCAGGCCAGGGAAGGCAAACUUGACCCGACUGUGGGCAGAAGCAACGAAAUUCAGCGUGUGACGCAGAUACUCAGUCGUCGCACCAAGAACAAUCCUGUCUUGGUUGGUGAACCGGGUGUGGGCAAGACGGCAAUCGUAGAAGGGUUGGCGCAGCUAAUAGCUGAAAACAAGGUGCCAUCGACUUUGCAGGGCAAGAGGCUUGUAACUCUCGAUAUGGGUUCGCUGGUUGCGGGCACCAAGUACCGCGGCGAGUUUGAAGAACGCCUCAAAAAGGUUGUCAAAGAAAUCACGGAGUCUGGCAAGUGCAUCCUCUUUAUCGAUGAGGUGCAUACGAUGGUUGGCGCGGGUGCUGCCGAAGGCGCGGUUGACGCUGCCAACAUCCUCAAACCCUCCCUCGCAAGAGGGGAAUUGCAGACGAUAGGGGCUACCACACCAGACGAAUAUCGCAAAUACCUUGAACGCGACAGCGCACUUGAACGCAGAUUCCAGCCUGUGCGUGUUGAGGAGCCGACCGUUGAUGAAUCGGUCGAAAUCCUCAAAGGUAUCAAGGGCGAGUACGAAAAGCACCACGAAUUGGAAAUCUCAUUUGAUGCACUGAAGGCGGCAGCAAGCAUGGCUGCUAGGUUCAUCUCGGAUCGUUCGCUGCCGGACAAGGCGAUUGAUCUCAUUGACGAGGCGGCAUCCAGGGUGCGGAUCAACAACUCGGAGCAGCCUCUGUCUAUGACAGAAGUGUCCAAUAUGCUUGACCGCGUUCGUGGAGAAAAGGAUGAGGCAAUAUCAACGCGCCAAUACGAGCAGGCAGCCGAAUUGCGCGAACGCGAGAUGAAUUUGCAGGAAAAGAUGGAAACCCUACGCUCUGACUGGGAGAAUGAACGAAGUAGCAAUAGCCCGAUCGUCACCGAAGACGACAUUGCCGAAGUGGUGAACAUGUGGACCGGGAUUCCGGUCGCGCGAUUGGCAUCUACCGAGUCAGAGCGCUUGGUGAACAUGGAAGAUUCGCUUCGAAAUCAGGUCUCCGGGCAAGAUGAGGCGAUUUCAAUCAUAUCGAAGGCUGUGCGGCGCGCAAGGGCCGGUCUCAAAAACCCGAAGAGGCCGACUGGAGUGUUCCUGUUCCUUGGCCCCACCGGUGUUGGUAAGACCUACCUUGUACAAAAGCUCGCAGAGUUCAUGUUUGGUAGCGAAGAGUCCAUGAUUCGCAUCGACAUGUCGGAGUUCAUGGAUAGGCACACUGUGGCGCGGCUCGUGGGUGCGCCUCCGGGUUACAUCGGAUAUGACGAAGGUGGUCAGCUUACGGAAGCGGUGCGCCGCCGCUCAUAUAGUGUCAUUCUGCUCGACGAGAUUGAGAAGGCGCAUCCCGAAGUUUUCAACAUUCUGCUUCAGAUCUUCGAUGACGGGCAUCUUACGGAUGCCAAAGGACGCAGGGUUGACUUCCGUAACACGAUUAUCGCCAUGACAAGCAACAUCGGCUCGGACCUUAUUCGCCAAGACCGCUCCAUCGGAUUUUCUGCGAGAGGAGACUCCGGUCGGAGCGACGAGCAGGCAUACCUCCGAAUGAAGAACAGUGUAUUGGACGAAGUGAAGCGUUUCUUCCGUCCUGAAUUCCUGAACAGGAUAGACGGUCAGCUGCUGGACGUAAAUGCUGAGCUUAUCGAGCAAGGCCUAACGAUGGAAGUCUCGGACGCGGCUCGUGAUUGGAUGUCUGAAAAAGGCUACGACCCGCAAUUUGGGGCUAGGCCGAUGCGCCGCCUAAUUCAGGAUCACCUGGAAGACAAGCUCUCGGACGCUAUCAUCGCUGGUGAGCUCAGCCCUGGCGACACUGCUCUGGUCGAUAUCAAUGACGACGAAGACGGCUUGGUAGUACACGCUAAGGAACCUAUGCCCGUUUUGUAA